AUUCUGCGCGUGCGCCAGUGUCGACACGGAAGACAAAACUGAAAGGUUGUCUGAAUUUGCUGUCUUUUUAGAUUUGUGCGAAUCAACUUGACAAUGGCGAACAUCGAGCUCCGAUCAGAGCUGGAAAAAUAUCUGGAGAGUUUGAGUAUCGAAACGACUUGUGUGGACCAUCCAGCGGUGUUCACUGUGGAGGAGAUGAUGCCUCACCUGCAGGGUGUCAGUGGAGCGGUCACCAAAAACCUAUUCCUGAAGGACAAGAAAAAAAAGGGUCUGUGGCUGGUGUCCGUCCGCCACGACCGCCAGGUAAACCUCAACGACCUCGCCAAGAAGCUGGGAGUUGGCAGCGGCAACCUACGUUUUGCUGAAGAGGCUUCCAUGUUGGAAAAGCUGAAGGUGGGGCAGGGGUGUGCUACCGCACUUGCUCUGUUCUGUGACAAAGAGAGCAGUGUGAAGUUCGUCCUGGACAGUGACCUGGUCAACGGGGGACACGAGAGGGUCUACUUCCACCCGAUGACCAACGAAGCGACCAUGGGUGUCAAGCCUGAAGAUCUGCUCAAGUUCCUGAAGGAGACAGGGCACGAGCCCGUUCUGCAGGACUUUGACUAGAAUGGAUUUUGUGAGUAGGCAAAAUGUCUAAACCAAGGUGUCAGAAAGGGUUUUCUGAAGUCCGGGAUCAUGCAUUGUGUAUUUGUUCAAAUCCCAAAACACUUUUUUUGGGGGGGGGAAAUAGGGUUGUCUGGGCUGCCUGAAGUUCUUUUCACUUUCACUGUAUAUUGUGCUUUGUAAUUAAAAUAUGUGGGACAACUCUACAAA